AUGCCGGAACCAAAUGGUUCAAUUCAGACUCUCAAGCGAGCAAUAUUCGAUGUGGAGGCGGCCCAGUCAGCGCCUUCAACCUCCAAGAGACUCAGGGUUGAUCAGUCACCAGAAACAAGCUCGAGACGGGAUGCAAAGAAACGGAAAAAGAGGAGAAAAAAAGAACCGGUAGUCGCUAAGCUAGACGGCAAUCAUCCUAGGCAGGAUAGUUCGUCCCAGUCUCAGCGGCCGCCAGUGUCUGCUUGCAAUGAAAUCAUUCGAUUUACGUCCACGGAGCCGUCAGGAAGCAAGACCAGAGUAGACGUCCCAUCACAUUCUGCAACUUCUACCUCAAACCUUGUCAGUAACGAGAGCGAUACCGAAAGGGACUCUGAGGGGGGUCUACAACAAGCGAACCUGAAAGGAAAUAGCUUAUCUGAAACCACUGAUCUUCGUGAUACGAAGCAGUUCGCAAAUUUCACGCAAGACCCGAAGGGUGUUGUACCGGAAAACAGGAUUUCGCAACUGACAAAGGAAUUAGCAGAGAGGGCCGAGCUUUUGGCUGCUCAUCAAAGUGUCCUCAAUAACAUUUCCCAAGCUCUGACAUGUCAGAUUUGCCUCGACGUGAUGUACAAGCCUUAUGCACUCGCUCCGUGUGGUCACGUGGCUUGCUACGACUGCCUUGUUCAAUGGUUUAACGCUCCGCCUGCUGAUAAUAGACCUGCCGCACCAGCCAUCGUACGGAAGAAGACAUGUCCACAUUGCCGAGCAGUCGUCCGAGAUCGUCCCGCAGAAAUUUGGACUAUCAAGAAUCUAGCGCACCUCAUAGAGAAGAGCGGUCUCGCUAAUGUGCCUCCGCGUGACAAGGCGCAUGCUAACGCUGAUCGCCCUGCGGACGCAGAUCCUUGGAAUGGGAUCUUCCGGAAAUCCAACCAUGGUUUCCUUCCCUGGUUACUAGCGGACGAUGCAGAUGCCGAGCCCCGUCGCGGAGAAGACGUAGGUAUGCUUGACAUGGAGGACGGAGGCAUAUACCGAUGUCUGGACUGUAUGCAUGAGAUUUGGGAUGGCGUGUGUACGGCGUGCGGUAGGCAGUAUCCGGGUCACGAAGGAGGGGGAGAUUGGUCAGACGAUGAACUCGGCUUGGAAUUUGGCCCAGGAGCAGAAGAGUUUGACCCUGAUGAUGAUCCAGGAUGGAUGGGUCUUGAAGAUGGCGAGGGGGACGACGAAGAUGGCGGUUUGGCGAUUGCCGAUUGGUAUCCCGGAUUGCCAUUGUUCCGUUGGCACGUUGGCCGUGAGGAGGAUGUAGACGAAGAUGGAGAUGAAGAAGACGAAGGAGAUGAAGAGGAUGGUUAUGAAAGCAGUUUCGUCGAUGACGAGAACGACACCGGCAUUCCUCGAGGCCCGAUACAACAGCUGCCGCAAAUAUACGAACUUUCCGAUGAUAGCGAUAAUGAAGACCACCGUUCGCACGUAGAUAUCGAUAUCCUAUCCGAGGAAGAAGAAAACGAGCCGUCACUUGCAAGUAGGCCGGGCCGGAUGGCACCCAUUGUAGUUUCCUCCGGUGACGAAGAUGAGGACGAGGACGAGCUCGAUAGCGUUUUUGCUGUCCGCCCCAUGUCCACGCGUCCGAGACGCGGACGCCUUGUUGAGUCUGACGAUGAGGUUGAGGCUUCAUCGGACGGCAGUAGCUAG